AUGCCAGUCUACGCCGGCCCAAUAGGGACCCUCAGGUGCAAAGAGAAGAAGUACGAUUAUGAAAAUUUGCCCACAACAUCUGUUAUCAUAGCGUUUUAUAAUGAAGCCUGGUCAACACUCCUUCGGACGGUUUACAGUGUUCUCGAGACAUCACCAGACAUCCUGGUGGAAGAAGUUAUCUUGGUAGAUGACUAUAGCGACAAAGAGCACUUGAAGGAGCGCUUGGCCAAUGAGCUGUCAGGCCUGCCCAAGGUGCGUCUGAUCCGCGCCAGUAAGAGGGAAGGCCUGGUGCGAGCCCGGCUGCUAGGGGCUUCCGUGGCCAGAGGCGAUGUGCUCACCUUCUUGGACUGUCACUGUGAGUGCCACGAGGGGUGGCUGGAGCCACUGCUGCAGAGGAUUCAUGAGGAGGAGUCGGCCGUGGUGUGCCCGGUGAUCGAUGUCAUCGACUGGAAUACCUUCGAAUACUUGGGCAACUCCGGGGAGCCCCAGAUCGGUGGCUUUGACUGGCGGCUGGUAUUCACGUGGCACGUGGUCCCUGAGCGGGACAGGUUGCGGAUGAAGUCCCCCAUCGAUGUCAUCAGGUCGCCCACGAUGGCUGGUGGGCUGUUUGCUGUGAGUAAGAAAUAUUUUGAGUAUCUGGGAUCUUAUGAUACAGGAAUGGAAGUUUGGGGAGGAGAAAACCUCGAGUUCUCCUUUAGGAUCUGGCAGUGUGGUGGGACUUUGGAGACACACCCAUGCUCCCACGUUGGCCAUGUUUUCCCCAAGCAAGCGCCCUACUCCCGCAGCAAGGCCCUAGCCAACAGUGUUCGCGCAGCUGAAGUGUGGAUGGAUGAGUACAAGGAGCUCUACUACCACCGCAACCCACGCGCCCGCCUGGAGCCUUAUGGGGACGUGUCAGAGAGGAGGCAGCUCCGGGCCAAGCUCCGCUGUAAGGACUUCAGGUGGUUCCUGGAGACGGUGUACCCAGAACUGCAUGUGCCCGAGGACAGACCCGGCUUCUUCGGAAUGCUGCAGAACAAAGGGCUAAAGGAAUACUGCUUUGACUACAACCCCCCUGAUGAGAACCAAGUCUCGGGACAUCAGGUCAUUCUCUAUGCCUGCCACGGGAUGGGCCAGAACCAGUUUUUCGAGUAUACAUCCCAGAAGGAAAUCCGCUAUAACACCCGCCAGCCCGAGGCCUGCGUCGCCGUGGACGCGGGAACAGAUGCUCUCAUCAUGCAUCUGUGUGAGGACACCGCCCCGGACAAUCAGAAGUUCCUCCUGCAAGAGGAUGGCUCUUUAUUUCAUGAACAGUCCAGGAAGUGUGUGCAGGCCGUGAGGAAGGAAGUCGGCAACGGUUUCGUCCCGCUUUUACGAGACUGCACCAACACCGACCACCAGAAAUGGUUCUUCAAGGAGCGCAUGCCCUAGAGCCGUGCUGUGUGGGGCUCUCCCAGGCUCAUGGCCCAGAGCCCUCCUCACCCCUCAGCACCACGUUCAUAAGGAGACCAUUUUGCCUUUUGUGAACAUCUCAUAGCAUUUUUGUAAAUCAAAUGUGAAUGAACUUUGUACUGAUUUUGAAACUUAUGUUCUAAACUAUUCUAUUUUCUGGGGUAACUAUAAUAUAUCAGCUCUUGAUAUUUGGAGGAGUGAUACUUUAUAAUAUUUUUUUAAAAUCAAGAUGUAUAUUUUACAGCGGUAGCUUUUAUUCUCACCAGCAAAUACUCCGUUUUGGUACUUAGGGGGGUUCUCGGGUCGGAAGGUGCAUGCAGGAUAUUUUGCACAAACUGACAAUACCUCAACUGUUGGGCUGGAGCUUUCUCAGUGUGGCAUGACAGACGCUAGGAACACUGCGUUCAUUCCUUUGGCCCAUUAAAAUUCAUUUAAUAAAAAAUCUAUCUUUAGUCGGGUGUAGUGACGCAUGCCUGUACUCCUGGCACUCUGGGUACAAAGGCAGAAGGAUCGUGAGUUAGAGGCUGGGCUGGAACAUAGUGAGCUCCUGUCUCCACAAAAUAAUGGAAAAAUAAAGAUGCAUUUUGGUUA